AUGUCUCAAAGUUCAUCAAAUACAGAGCAUGUUAAUGAUUUGGAAGAAAAAUAUGAGCAAGAACAAGAUUUAGAUCAAAAAGUAAAACAAGAUAUUGAUCAACAUCCGAAAUUGGAGAAGAAACCAUGGACUGCUUAUAUUGGUAUAAGUAUAAUGUGUGUUUUGAUCGCUUUUGGUGGUUUCGUUUUUGGUUUUGAUACUGGUACAAUUUCCGGGUUUAUUAAUAUGACUGAUUUUAAACGUAGAUUUGGUCAAAGACAUUCAGAUGGAACUUAUUAUUUUUCAAAUGUUAGAACUGGUUUAAUUGUUGGUAUUUUCAAUGCUGCUUGUGCUGUUGGUGCUAUUUUCCUUUCCAAAAUUGCUGAUACGUCAGGUAGAAGAAUUGCAAUUUGUGCAGCGAUGGUUGUUUAUGUUGUUGGUAUAAUUGUUCAAAUUGCUUCUCAACAUGCAUGGUAUCAAAUUAUGAUUGGUAGAAUCUUUUCUGGUUUAGGUGUUGGUAUUUUAUCAGUUGUUUGUCCUUUGUUUAUUUCAGAAGUUUCACCAAAACAUUUAAGAGGUACUUUAGUUUGUUGUUUUCAAUUGAUGAUCACCCUUGGUAUCUUCUUAGGUUAUUGUACUACUUAUGGUUGUAAAAAUUCAUAUUCAGAUUCAAGACAAUGGAGAAUUCCUUUAGGUUUAUGUUUUGCUUGGGCUUUAUUAUUAGUUGGUGGUAUGGUUAGAAUGCCAGAAUCUCCAAGAUAUUUAAUUGGUAAAGAUAGAAUUGAAGAUGCUAAAUCAUCAUUAGCUAAAUCAAAUAAAGUUUCAGAAGAUGAUCCAGGUAUAUAUAGAGAAUUAAGAUUAAUGCAAGCUGGUGUUGAAAGAGAAAGAUUAGCUGGCAAAGCUGGUUGGAAGUCUUUGAUUACUGGUAAACCAAGAAUCUUUGAAAGAGUCUUUGUUGGUGCAAUGAUUCAAGCUUUACAACAAUUAACAGGAGAUAAUUAUUUUUUCUAUUAUUCAACUACCAUUUUCCAAGCUGUUGGAUUAAAUGAUUCUUUUGAAACUUCAAUUGUUAUUGGUGUUAUUAAUUUUGCAUCUACAUUUGUAGGUAUCUACGCUAUUGAAAAAUUAGGUAGAAGAGUGUGUUUGUUAAUUGGUUCAGUUGCUAUGUCAUGUUGUUUCUUGAUGUAUGCUUUGAUUGGUACACAACAUUUAUAUAUUAAUGAAGUUGGUGGUCCAACAAGACACCCAGAUGGUGAUGCUAUGAUUUUUGUUACAUCAUUAUAUAUUUUCUUCUUUGCUUCUACAUGGGCUGGUGGUUGUUAUUCAAUUGUUUCAGAAUUAUAUCCAUUAAAAGUUAAAUCAAAAGCAAUGGGUGUUGCUUCAUCAGCAAAUUGGAUUUUUGGUUUCUUAAUUUCAUUUUUCACAUCUUUUAUUACAGAUGCUAUUCACUUUUAUUACGGUUUCGUAUUUAUGGGUUGUUUAAUUUUUUCAAUAUUUUUUGUUUAUUUUAUGGUUUAUGAAACAAAAGGAUUAGGUUUGGAGGAAGUUGAUGAAUUAUAUCAAAGUGGUAUACCAGCAUGGAAAUCACCAAACUGGGCACCACCAUCAGAAGAAGAAAUGGCUACAUUUACAGGUUAUGCUGGUUAUCAUAAACCAGAACAGUCUAAUGAAGAAAAUGUAUAG